AUACCCUGGGAUCAAGCAGGCACCAGACAAAGUCUCUCCCAAUUAGUGGAACUGGGGUGCCUAUAAUUAUCCGGGGAGCUCGAGCAGUUUUCCGAGAUAUACAGGAGGCCAAACAAUACCGCACCCUUUUUCGUUAACCAUUCCCCAUGCCUUUAAGACGAUAAGCAAAUAUGGAUUCAGAAGACGGGGAGCUGUAUAUCAAGCGCUUGGCCGCUUAUGUGCGCACACACGAGAAGGGUCUAGCCAACGCCCUGCAAUUUCGAAGGCAACCUGCCCGGCAUGGCACCAGUCAAAGUGUCUCCUCUAUUCAGACCCCGAAGUCGCCGGCUUUGCCCGAACGUCCCUCAACAUCCGCCUCACCAUCGAGCCCCCUUGCAACGGCAUUGUCAUUCGGCUCGUUGAGUUUAACAUCUAAUAAUGUCAAAUCGACAAGACUGAGCCUUACACCCCAUCACCUGUUCUACUUACUAUCUCGCUACGAAGAGCUAGGAAUAAAUGUUGGACCCAUGAAAGUGCGUCUGGAAAAUUUGCAUGACACCUCGGCCUCUGCCAACUACGUAUCCUUCUUGAGCUCCUCCCAACGUACCAAGAGCCGCGGUUCCGAUGUGGUAUCAAUCCGCUCAGUAUCGAGCAUUCGAAGCGUCAUGACCGGGAUGUCAUCCAUAUGGAAUAGUAUUGGGAUUGGGUCAAGUAUAUCGGCUGCUCGAAUGGAAAGGCAGAAAGCUGCCUUACAAGCAGAUAUGAAAUAUCUCUACUCGGCAUUUACCAAGAUACCAUGUCUUCGACUGGCACCCGACUGGCAAACGAAGUUGAUCAAAGGAUACGAGGAGUUCCCCUUCGACUCGGCAGUCCCGCUCUACGUAUUCAAGAAUCUGCAAUCACUGGAAGUUAAUGGCGUAGAUUAUCGACAAUUCUUCGGCUGGGACCGCAUGGCAGACCAGAUCCGAUCUCUCACUCUCAGGCGUGCCAACAUUGAGGAUCCAGCUGACAUACUCAUUGACAUUGUAUUGGAUGAUAUGGAUAAGAGGCGACGUCGGUCCUCAAAAGCGCAAUCAUCCCCUACUGGUGCAUAUGCCCAUGUUUCGAGCCCGAGGCGCAGUCCUACAAUUUCAUAUUCAGAUUCUCAUAGGUCCACCAUGGCACCAGAAAUCCCAGAGCGUCGAUAUUCAGUAGCAGAUAUCCAUGUGGGAUCGGCAAGCACAGACUCAGCUGACAGUAUAUCACCUCACGACUCUCGCCGUCCUUCAGUCCCAAGAAUUGAAACUGAUGAGCCAAAAUCCAAUAAGUCGGCACGGCCAAGAAGUCAUUCUCCUAAUCGGCCUGCCACUUCUCGUCAUCACACGACAAAUCCAAGGGGCUCUCAAAAAGUCAGGCGGUCCGGGUCUGGCAGCUCACAUUCAAGCCUAUCCGAUUCAUGGCAUAAUCCGAGAAAUAGUGCUUCUAACUUAUUGGCCAUGGGUAUCCUCCCCGCCUCCAAGUGGCGACUCUUGAAGCAUCUAAGUUUGGCAGACAACUCCCUCACAGCAAUUCCGGCAAGCAGUCUUGCUCCAUUGGCGAAUACGCUGAACUCCUUGGACUUGUCAACAAAUCUAUUUACGCAGAUCCCCGAUAGCCUAGCAACUCUUUCCGGUCUACGUGCUCUAAACCUCUCGCACUGCAUGAUAGAUUCUUUGCAUUCUUUGCUCCGCAAUCCCCUGCCAGCUAUCAGUGCCUUGAACCUUCGUUCAAAUCGCCUUCAGUCGAUUGCAGGGAUCGAGAAAUUAUACCCUUUGGAAAGAUUAGACCUUAGAGACAAUCGCUUGACUGACCCUGCGGAAUUGGCUCGUUUAACUGGAAUGCCCGACAUUCGCGAAAUCUACGUUGAGGGCAAUCCUUUCGUACGCACCCAUCGCGACUACCGGGUCACAAUUUUCAACCUUUUCCGCAACACUCCAGGAUUUACAGAGGAUAUAGUCAUCGACGGUUCAGGCCCAAGUCUUUCGGAGAGGAGGUAUCUCGUGGAACGCGCUGCUGUACCUGCUGCCGUCCCUGUAGUGAAGCCCCCUGUCCCGGAAAUACCUACUGUGGACGUGAGCAAGCCAGCUAUUAUCCACGAAGCACCGAAAGAGCCCAAUGUCUUGCGAAAGGAACGACCCCCCCGUCCUAGCCCCAAAGCUGUAGCUAGUGAAGUCAACACGAGCUCUACCAGACGCCGGCGUACCCCAAAACGUAGGAUUGUGGAUCUCGCUACGAACGAUCGUGUUGGUGAUACCACGCAGCAGCGAACAAGCGUUGACGAACCCAUUCCGACCCUUCAUGAUUCGCUCGGCACAACAAUGGAUUCUGAAAGUAAUUACCGUGUCUCCCAUCCUCCUGAGACACAAGACCUACAAGUAAAGGUUGACACGGAAACAAGACCACCUGUCACUAAGAACCUGCCAGAGGUACCACGCAUUAAUACUACCACCGUCUUCGAACGACCAGUAUCAUUCCUGAAUAAAGAUACUUCAGAAUUAUGGAAGGAUGCUCAAGAUUGGAAUGCCAGUGGCGAAAUCUACCGGCAAAAGAUUGAGGCGUUGAGAGACAAGGUUGGCAACGGUUAUCUGAGCGUCCUUAACGAGGAAAGCUGGGAACCGUCCCGACCAGCAUUCGCAGCUGAUGAAUUUAGCUCCGCGUCAACAAUACGACCUGGCUCUGCUCGUACCUCUAGCGCGCAAGCAAUCACGACUGGCGGUAGUCUAGUCUGAACGGAUUCUUCAUCCUCAUACUUACGUUUCACUCUUCCCUCCGCCUUGAAUUGGCACUCUUUAUAACAUAACCACAUACCCCAUCACGUUGUCAUGGUUUUCGAUAUACCAUCACCCGAUUGCAUUGUGUUAUUCUAGUUACGUCUAAUGUUUUAUGGGGCAUAGCGUUCCGGCGUUCAAUGGAAAGAGAUCAUAGUGUUUUGCAUUUUUAGGUCUGCACUAUCACUGCAGACCAGGUGUUGUCUGUUUUUGGUACGAAUCGAUAGGGGGGGAUAUGGUGAGCCACGUCUGACGAGUCUAGUUGGUACACAGGAAGAGGGUCGAAAGCU